AUGACUCCACUACAGCAAACUCCAAAACCAAUAGCAUCAGAAAAGUUGUCGGUUUUGAAGAUUUUCGCCUUUGGGUUUAAAAUACGACCUCAGCCACAACCAGCGACAAAAGAGCAGACAGAAACACCCUGGCCGACGGACAAGCUCAGCGGUACAGCUGCCAGCAAUGGCAACCAGUACACCAGACGUUCAACGUCGAAAAUAACAGCUCAGCGAGGUCCAGUCAUCUAA